ACAGAGAACAGAGGAAAUAAGCUGAGUAGAAACCUCUUCACACAUCAGAGCCGCUCAUUUAGUUGACAUUUAUUACGUACAGGUUUCCUGUGUACACUGUGUACACACAUUGAAGUAACUGAAUUACGCUUUUCUGACACCUGAGUAGAAGGGGAAUACAGACAUCAUGGGAGCGUCUUCCUCUGGCUUGUUGGAUGAGGCCAAAAUCAGCAACAUCAAAGGACUUGUUGAGAGUACGUACAAGAGCUUCGGUGUGUUUUACCGUCAGCAGUAUUUGGAAGCCUACUUCAGACAUUUACACCAAGAGGUGGAGCCUAAGAAAGAGGGGAGGGGCCUACUGCUCACACAUGGGCCUCAGUAUGCUCUGGAUGAAGUGCUGUACCAAGGGUCUGUAAAGUUCUUCUGCUGGGACGAGCAGGGGAAGAAAUGCAAAGAGAGAUAUACGGUCCUAAAACGAGACUACAAAGUGGAGAUACAUGAAAAUGUGGAGACUUUCAGUCGUGGAUGUGCAGCUAAGCUGGUCCUUCAGACAGAAGGGGGCAGGGUGUUCACCACAGAGCAGGAGUCCAGAGCUCACCUGGAGAAAACCUGCGCCGGAAUCCUCAAUGGAGCGAAGGAGGACUCUUCUUCGUUGGUACCGUCUCCAGAUGUGUUCACUGUGUAUCUGCACCUGCCUUACACAGGCUACACCUGUUUCCUGUUCCAAAAGGAAGAGGAACGAGAUCACUUCCUCUCUGUCCUCAAGACCUGUAUUAGACACUGCAGCCUUGAUCCCUGGUGUGAUUCAUCCUACGAGAGCCAGGCAUACGUCCGAGCCCUACGACUCUACAGACAGGACAAAGGAUGCUAUGAAUCCUGGGAAAUGCUGCUGGGCACUGAGGAAAAAGUGCUGGCAGCCCAGGUGAUGGAUGAAGUGUUGCCAUGGUUACAGAGUCAGCUUCAGUCCAGAGUGAAGGGAAAGAAGACUGAAAGGAUGCGGCAGUGGUUGGCAACAGUGCAGGCAACCCACACUUUGGUGCUGGAGCAACUCACUGCCAGCCUGGAGGCUCUGAGGGAGGAGUGCCGUCAAACAGCAACAGCCAGUCAAGCCCUGAUCCGAUCCAACCUGGACCAGAUAAUGUCCUCUCACUGCUUCCUGGAGGAGAAAGUUAAAGUGUGUAUAUGUGAAGAAGCAGAGAAAGUGUACGAUGAGGCUGUAGCACCUUACAUGACCUCCAUCCUUGAAGCGCUAACAGAAAACAUAAGUGCAGGGAUUCAGGGGAUGCAACGCACGCUGCAAACACAGAUGGACUCGGCCUUCACACACACAAAUGGAGGGACAGAGGAGAUGAACAAGGCCUUGUCCACUCUGCGCUCCAUCAGUCUGGAUAAGUGCUACAGGCAGGUGGAGAACAUGACAGAGAAACUUGAAGGCCUUAAACAGCGGUUUGGACUAAGCAGCACUCAGAGACUGGUUCACUCAGCACAUCUGGAGAUGGAGGAGCUGUUGGACAGCGCUGUGUACACCUUGGAGCUGUUCCUUCAAUCAUCAGCCAGACUGCAGCCCUCUCAGAUUCCCGUCAAGAUGGACAGAGCUAAAGAGAGAGUCCUGAAGCAGCUGGACUAUGACAGCAGAGUUGUCCAGAGGAGGCUCUAUCAGGAAGCUUUAUUGGAGAUCACUCUGCCCGCUCUCACCAAGAGGAUGGACAGCAAGUGGAAAACUGAGCUGCAGCAGUUCGAGCAGUACAUCUUCUCAGACUACAGCAAUUUUAUCUUGGUUCACAAUGUCUACGAUGAUGUGCUGAGAAACAUCCUCAGUAAGGAGAUAGAGACAGCCGUCCAAGACGCUGCCAGUAAGAAGAGCAAUAAUCUGUUAUUGGACACUUCUGAUCUGGCCAUUAGUCAGUACAGUCUGCUGGGACAUACGCCUCCUUGCUCUGCACCAGACAGCCCAGCCAUUCACGCACGAGACUCCUCCUCAGCAGCACCCAGUGAAGAACCUGCUCCUGCGGUGGAGGAGGGAGGUCAGAUGGUCACAGCUGACGUUUGCCUUCAGGGUGACACUGAUGUCAAAUCUGACCCCAGUACCACUCAAAGCUCCGAGCAGAGCAUGACGCUUCUGUCUCCUGUGAUCAUCGUGACCCAACAGUUUGAGGAAUCAUCCACAGAGGAGGCUUCUUGCUUCGAGGAAACCCAAGAGGAGGUCCAGCUUGGAACUGACACGCCAUCAACUACAGCAGGGUCUUCCAACUCAGCCACGCCAGACUCUGAGACAGCUAUUACACAUGAAGCUGGUACAUCUGAUGCACCUGCUAACCCAGAAUCCACUAAUCCCGCGCCAGACUCUCCCGACCUUUCAGUGUCCACUCUAUCCUCGCUGCAGUCCACAGAUGUUCCAGCUGAGUGCGCUCAAAGUGAUCGAUCUGCAACGCCUGAAAAUUCUGCCACACCUGACCUCUCAACCUCGGAUCAAAUAACAGAAGACACAGCGUCUGUCCAGCUUCCCUGCCCCUCCUCGCCACACCCACCUAGUACAGACGGUCCAAUGAAAAUCAGCCUUGUGUCACUGAGCGAGGCCGUCGGUUGCAACUCCGCAGCACCUUCUGUAAAGCAGACGAUGGCACAGCAGACCACUGACAGAGCUGUCUACCUGACGGGAGAAAUAAAGGACAACUGGGAGGUGGAGAGGGUAAAAGAGGAGAAACAGAAAGAGGCAGAACAGGAGAAAGAGGUACAUGAGAGAAUCGAAGAGGAGAAAAAAGAGACGGAGAUUGAAGUAGGAAAAGAGGAGAUGGAGGUGGGGAGAGGUGAGGGUCAGACAGGAGGUGAACCUGUGGAUGAAGGGUGCCAAUCCUCUGAAUCUCCAGUAGAAGGCGCCACAGAGCAGAGAGAGAGUGAAGAGAAGGCGGAUGAAGAGAAGAAAGGAAGUGAGAUUGAGACUGAGAAAAGAAAAGAAGAUGAGGAGGAGGCAGAGAAAGGAGGAGAUCAUGCAAAAAAAGAAGAAAAGAAAGAAAAAGAGGAGGAAGAGGAGGAGGUUCUCCAAAGCCCUCAGCCAAUGGAAUCGCAGCCAGAGAGAGUGUCUGAGCCGCCAUUGGACAGUGUGUCUAUGAUCAGAGAACUUGUGACCGAGAUCACUGAAGUGGAGACAGUAAUCAGCCCCUAUCCCAACGGCAGCCAUACACCCUGACAGACAGGUUACCAUGACGACUGACUGUGGAUCUUCCAGCCAGAUGUACUUUAUUAAUAACUACUUAACAGUUUCUUUACCAGUUUUACUAUUACUGCAUCAGGGUUUUGUACUACUACAGUUUGAAGACAGAUAUUUACAUUCUGAAUUUGACAUUUUAAAAGUUACUACUUCUUUUUACUUCAACUGUUAACAUUUGCAGUUAUUUGAAUGAAAUGAUCCAAUAAAGAUUGAAACCAGUUGGUGCUAGGCAGCUGCCGGUGAUUGAAACAAUGCUGAUGAGAGCACUGAGGGUGAAUCAUAACAAGAACGUGGCGGUAAAACCAAAACAAUUAGCUGAAAGAGGCCAAAAAGCUCCGUAGAGCUGAGUGGACUGCAGAACUUCUCCCAUGAUUUUCACGCUAUUCCACCAGUCAACAUCAGGGCGCAUCAAUAACGUUGUUAUAAAUUACCAUUGUUCUUUUUUCUAGCAUUUGGCUGGUGGUAAUUUUGUUCCCUGGUCAGCAGUUAGUGGAAUAAUAUAGCAAUGUGCCAACAAAGGCAGGGAAGAAGGCAAGCUAGAAAACACUGGUGAAGGUUUCAACUUCAAUACAAAUAUUUUAUAGACAAUGUGGAUUUUAAAUGCUUUCAUGUAAUUUUUUUUUUUACUGAAAUCCUGAUAUAUGUCAAAUAAUAAUUUUAAAGGUCCAGUGUGUAACAUUAAGGAGGAUCUAUUGACAUAGAUUGAAUAUAAUAUUCAUAGCUAUGUUUUCAUUACUGUUAUUAUGUACAGAGUGAGCAGGUUGCCUUCAAUGGAGUCUGCCAUGUUUCUACAGUAGCCCAGAACGGAGAUAGGGGUGUUCAUGUUUUUCGGGUGGAAGGGAAAGGUAAAGCUAGGGAGGUGCAAUUUGCAAUUACAUCACUAGAUGCCACUAAAUCCUACACACUGGACCUUGAAUACUGUAAUUCAUUUGAGGGGUCUGUAUGACUUUUUACCUUGUGUGCUUCCAUAAAAACGUAUUGAAACUUG